AUGUCAACAACAGAGAACACAACAACAGUUAUAGUCCAUGAAGCUAUAAAUGAAGAAUAUGAGUGGGUUCAGUUUAACAAACAACUCCGUCUCAUUCGUUCGGUCAAAGACGAUAUGUACCAAAUGCAAAGUAUUUUGACAGCAUGUUUUGCUCCAGAUACUAAGAAACCACAAGACUGGUUUGAAUUAAAUAGCACUCAUGAACUCCUCAGUGAGUUUGAACAUGAAGAACUUAAAAAGAUGUACCAAGACAGACAAAACUUACCAUCACAUCUAAAAGGUAUAUAUGUUCAUACGUUCCUAGUUAGUUCAAUAGCAAUGUGGGCUUCACCUCGUUAUGCAAUCUACAUACUUAUGCUACUUGACGAACUUUGUACAAAGCAGAGAGAAGAUAUGAUGAAAGAAGACAAAAACAUACAGAAAAGAAUACCACGUUCGGUACCAAAAGGAAAGGAAAAGAACUAUAAGUAUAUGAUUUACACUGAAGAGAUGGAAAAUGAAGAAGACAGAGAUAUGGUUAUGUUGCAUUUAGUCAGAAGAAACAACAAAAGCUUUUACGACCUUGCUAAGAUUUACAAAUCUGACAGAAAUUGGUUCUAUCGCGAAAACUUACCGAUUUCAAUGACACCGAAUGAAGAUGUGAAACAAAUAGUUCAAGAUACGUUACCUCAAACACACUAUGAUAUUAAAGGUUGUACAAUACUUACAUUCAAAGAAGAUUUGCCGCUACUGAAGGAAAAGAUAACAGAGUAUUUUGACAACUUCAAACAAGCAGGGUAG